GGUGAACUCGGCGAGACCAGUGCAAGGUCAACCUCGAAUGCCUUGAACUGAAUGGAGCUGGCCAUCGUGCCCAGCUGCGUUCGCAUCCUUGCAUGGUGGAGUCUUCAAGAGGCCGUCGAAUGGCCUGGAAACGCGGGCGCGGCACGAAGGCAUGAGCGGCGACUCUCACGCAUGAAUUACGAUGCACCUCCCGAAGGGUGCUCGCGAUCGAGACCCCAGGAGAUUCGCGAGUAAGGCGGCGGCCGAGCGGCGGCCGCAUCUGUCGCUUGGGCCUUUGCACCGCACUGACAAACGUUUGCGACUGGCCGCGCGGAAUUGAGCACCGCCUCUGGGGCGGAAUAUUAAUGUGGGC